AUGUCCGCCGAUCCCAAUUCAGUCCUUUCUCAGCAGACACCUGUACACGCACAUGUGUCUGCUGGGACAAUACGCAUCACACCACCAACGCGACAGCACUCGAGAUCUAUGCCCUCGACUCCUUCGCAGAAACCACAUCCCGAUGGAAAUGGACCGCGAUCACCCUCACAGCAUCGCAACCUCAACAACAUUUCGCCAAGGUCUCUACAGUCUGACGCUGCGCAGAUCCCGUAUCGGAAACAAUGCAAAUACGAGACCGGUAUGGCCAGAGCCAGGCGGCGCGUGCCGUAUAAAGAAGGCCCAGACAGGUUGGAGCCGGACCCUAGUGUGAAGAACAGGCGCCUGAGUCUUGCACAAGAGGAGAAGCUGUCAAGGGACAUGCGAGAACUCUACAACGAAUUAAUACCUACGCCCGAGAGCGAACAACGGCGAUCAAAAUUCCUCGCCAAAUUAGAGCGCCUCCUCUCUGAUCGCUGGCCGAACAGUUCGAUCAAAGUCAACGUUUUUGGCUCCACCGGCAAUUGUUUGGGCACAUUGGCCUCUGACGUUGAUGUCUGCAUCACGACCGACAACAAUGAGCUCUCCCAAGUCUGCUCAAUUGCCGAGCUUCUCGCGAGCCAGGGUAUGGAGCGCGUUGUGUGUGUCUCUAGGGCGAAAGUGCCCAUCGUGAAAGUAUGGGACCCUGAGCUUCAGGUUGCAUGCGACUUGAACGUGAACAAUCCGAUUGCGCUUGAAAACACUUCGCUUGUCAGGAGCUACGUCGCAAUUGACGACCGGGUACGGCCGUUAGCCAUGAUCAUCAAGCAUUGGGCAAAGCGACGCAUUCUAAAUGAUGCUGCCCUUGGAUCCACACUAAGCUCGUAUACUUGGAUCUGCUUGACACUGAACUUCUUACAGACACUCAAGACCCCGGUCCUGCCGUCAUUGCAAGCUCAACCGGGACUGCAGCCGCACAUCUUGGAUGGAGUCAACGUCGCUUUUGAGAAGGAUUUGACCAAGUUUGCCGACUUCGGUCGCAAGAAUACAUCGUCGUUGGGCAAGUUGUUGUAUGAGUUCUUCCGAUUCUAUGCUCACGAAUUCGACUUCGAGACCACUGUGGCAUCGGUACGUUUGGGCGGCCACGUUGCCAAGUCGGUUAAGGGUUGGCAUAUGCUCCUCGACAACCGGCUUUGCGUGGAGGAGCCAUUCAACAUCAAUCGGAAUCUAGCAAACACUGCGGAUGAUACUUCGAUGCGAGGGAUCCACAAAGAACUGCGCAGGGCCUUCGACUUGGUGAGCAAUGGCAAGUUGGACGAGUGCUGUGAACAGUUUGCAUACCCUACCGAGGAGGAAGUCAAGCCAUCGAGCGACUUCGUACCACCACAGUCAAGACCCAUCAUAGCACAAGCCCCUCCCGCACAGGUGCCUCGAAGCAACAAAGGCUCUCGCAACCCGAAAAGUACAACGCAUCAGAAAAACAAUCUGGCUUCAAGACGCUCAUCUACUUCAAUCAACAAGCAGCAAAUGCACUUGCGAAACCUGCCUUUCCAGAUGAACCCGCAAGAACUGCAGAAUCAAGCGACGUAUCAGCAACAUCUACUGCACGAUCAGCUGUAUCAACAGUUCCAAAUGCUGCAGAUACAGGAGCAAGAACUUCGAGCUCGCGCAAGUGCAUUGAGUCAACAGAAUCGGCACAUCCUGGCUCAGCAAAGAGGGGUGUAUGGAGUCACAGGCGACGAUUGGGACGGUUCGAUGCCAGCCAAUCUAUACACGAACAAUCGUGGUCCGUUGUCCGCGCCUUUGUACCAAGCGCGGUUCAAUGCGCCAUCCCCAUUUCUGCCACAUCACGUACCGGUCAACGGAAUUGUGACCAACCCGUCUUCUCCGCAUUUGACUUCAGCUAUGCCCGACACUCGCAGGUUUCCGAGAAGGACGUCGGCCGGCCAGUCCUUCGCGACCGGGUCGCUGCGUGCUCAAUCGCAGCCUCCGCGUCCGCUUCCGCCGUUCCUCAGCCUCGACUACGGCAUACGAAAAUGGCUCAUUGCAGAACGGACAUCGAGGCCAACAUCAAGCGGAGGUGCCAAGAAGCCUUCCGAAUAUGUUGGUUACAUCAUUGGACAAUCACCAUCUCUGUACGGGUACCCGCAGAGCGCCUCGAUCUCACCUCUGCCAUCUCAUGCAGGCUUGGCUAUUCACAAUGGCGGGCUGUCACCACGGCUCUACGGACGCUCGACGGGAACGUCGGCCAAUGGCACCACCUCGACCAGUCCCGUGCGUGAAGUGGACCUUGCCACUCCGACGAGGAGUUCGGAACAGACGACCAAGCAAGACAUUGUCCAGGAGACCACUGAAGCUGACACGGCUUAUCGCAGGCAGGGUCCACUCGUUGUGGACGGCACAGUUGUCUCACCACGUCGCCGACAGCGCCGAAGCUCAACACAAGGGGAAGCCGACGAUCCAAUGACAUUCAGCGGCUCAACGUCAGAAGACCUCCCUUUCGAUACGCCAUCGAGCUCGGGAGAUAGUACCCAUGAUGUGGAUGCAUCGGCUGCGGGUACAACACCCACCAAGGUCGAGAAUCAUUUUGUCAACCAGGCACUGCUUGGGAGCGACAGGUCAUCGAGCAUGUUGCAUGCAUACGCGCUGUCCCGGCAUCUGCCCGCAGUCCAAGAAGUCAGAACCCCGUCGCCAUCUUUCGCGGCAUCUCCGCCGCCGAUCACGAACGGGAGUUUCGCUACAAGCGCUGCGACAGUCGUGGAGAAGACAUCACCUCUGGCGCAGCGAGAAUCGACAAACGCUGGACUGGCUAUCAAGCCCAAUGGUCUCAAUGGGAUUAUCGCAAACGGAGCUCAUGCGAUGGUUAGCAAUGCCAGCUCGUGGCAAACGCAGAAGAAGAAGAGUCGAAAGAAGAAGGGACCCGCUAGCAAGUCCGAGAACGAUGCCGUCCAUACGAAUCCGAUAGGAGGUGAGAUCUUGCCAGCGAAUCUAGCUCAGCAAAAAGGAGGCUGA